CUCAGAUGAUUCUGCAUGAUCUCAGAGUUAUAUUUUAUCUGUUUUAUCUCGGAAUUUCAGAAAGAUGAUUCCCGGAGACUUCUGGAAAGUUUCAACUGCGAUGAAAAAGAGAAUCCUCUCACCAAAAGUGAGGCAGAACCCCAUAAAUCAAAAGAGGAGAUGGUGUUGGAGGAAAAUGAGUCUCCUCUGAACAGUAAUGUUACAGCAUUUGCGUUGAAGGCAAAAGUUAUCUAUCCCAUCAAUCAGAAAUUUAGGCCUUUGGCAGAUGGCUCAUCCAAUCCGUCUUUGCAUGAGAAUCCAAAGCAGGCAGUUCUGCCUAAUCAGGUAACGGAAGCAUCUACGUCAGGCAGCCUGGAAUCCCUUAGCCAGGGAGACAAGGAGGACUGUAGUUCCUCCACAACAAUACAUUCAACAACAAGUGAUGACAGAUUUCAGGAUCGAGCCUUCUUCAAGGUAACCUGCUUCCCUGAAGUGCUCACAUGUGAGAGUUUUGAUGUUAAGCUCUGCCUUUGCAGUCUUCUCUUAAAAGAUCUCAUGCUUCUUGAUACUGAGCUUAGAAAAGAAGAACAUGUGGUAGGUUCUCAUGUCUCAUUUAGAGUUAUUUGAUUUGAAACCAUUAACUGAAUAUUAGAUUAGGAAAUAAUGAACAUGAACCACAGACUAGAGGAGUAGUGUAGCAGAGUUAUACCUUUACAGUAUUCUUAUUUUUUCUCUGUUCUGCAUCUAAACAAUUUUCACAAAAAGAAUAAAAUAUGAAAUCUAUAGGCUGUGAAAUACAGAAGUCAGAAUGAAUAACAAUUUUAAAUCCUACUCCAGAGAAUAAAACAUUGCAGUUAGUGUUCAUAAAAAGAGAAAAAAAUAUAUGUUUAAUAGAUAAGUUUAUGUUUUAAGGACAAUUCUUGGGCAUUGCAACUCCAGGGACUCUAAGCUAUUUGAAUAAAACUGAAAAUUCAAUUCAGCUGAGUCAGUACUUUUGUGCUAAGUAGAACAUCCUGAUUUUGUAGGACAAAGGAAUUAAGACAUCCAUUUAAACCAAAGAUGACUACCUAGAUCAAGGCACAGCAUUCAAAGCUGACAAGA